UUCUUAUUUGCUGGUGUAGAUGAACCUGUUUGCGCGUACGUUCUCUUUCCCAGGCUUUUGCAAUUUUCUGAUCCGGUCUUGGAUUCUAGCAUAGAAGAUUUGGAAAUUAGUAAAAUUCUUGCUCACACUUUGAUUUCAUCCCAUUUGAAUGAUGAUGCCAAGGGAAUCGAUCAAUCUUCAGUUAAUACCAUCUCUAUCAAAAUGAAAAAUUCUAACGAUACUCCGGUAUCUAAUAUAUCAGAUAAUAUUUCAAAUGUUGCUCCUGAACGAAUAGAAAAUAGUUCCAAUAAUACACCUGAUGAAGUGAAGCAUCUAACAUCCGGUUCUUCUGAUAUAUACCAGGAAAAGGAUAGCCGAUCUUUCACAUCUCUCAUUCAUAUAUCAUCGGAAGAGAAAGAAAUUAAUGAAUUUAUGGAAUUACAGGAAAAGGAAAGAGUUAGUAAUAUGGCAAGAGAAAGAAAUAGGGAAAAGAAGAUUUGCCGAGGGCGACAAAUAGUGCAAAAAACAUCUUCCUCUUCUGAUACACAAAAUACUAAUUCAUUGGGGGCGGUUUCAGCUGAGGUAAGCAUUCCAAUUGCACCUAUCCCAUUAGCCCAUGACUCGGUCCCAGAAGGACCCUCUAAUUCUUCUGAUAAUUCCAAGGAAGAGGCGUGGUUUGAUGAAGAUAUGUUUUUCAAUGAGGCGAAUCCCAGUAAAGUGAACACUGUCACUUCAGACGAUGAUGUGUAUUUUGGUGAGGCGAAUGAAGUUAAUAAGCACGAUG